GUCGUCGAGCCGCUUCACCCGCUCGACGCCAUCAUGGUCAAAACUUUCCAGGCGUAUCUGCCCUCCUGCCAUCGCACCUACUCGUGCAUUCACUGCCGCGCCCACCUCGCCAACCACGACGAACUCAUCUCCAAGUCCUUCCAAGGAAGUCAAGGUCGCGCCUAUUUGUUCAACUCAGUGGUGAACGUCGGCUGCGGACCCGCGGAGGAACGAGUCCUGCUUACAGGACUCCACGCCGUCGCCGACAUCUACUGCGAGUGCUGCAAGACGACCCUCGGUUGGAAAUACGAGCACGCGUUCGAGUCGAGUCAAAAGUACAAAGAGGGCAAGUUCAUAAUCGAGCUCGCCCACAUGAUCAAGGAGAAUGGAUGGGAGUAGCGGCAGGUCCGGGAGGGCCGGAGUCGCGCAAGCAGGCCGCGCUCAGGAGGAUGAGGACGGCUCCAGGACCUCGGCCGUCUUCUAAAACCCUCUCCGCCGAGCCACCAACGAAAGUCUGUGAUUUCAUUUGUGAUUUAUAAUCUUAGUAACGCUCCCGUGUGUCUCGGACCAGAUUGGGAUGGAGGGAGCGAGCAAAGAGUGGAGGGAGACAACGUGGGAGCGCAGAGGACGGGGACUGAGGUCGAGGGGCAUCGGGCAACCGGAGGCCGGCCAAGGGGAGGACGUCCUCGGGACGACCCCGACCGGAGGCCGAUCGCGUACGCUACGAAGGACGAGGAGCGUAAACGAGGAGCUCGGCCCCGUGUGACCUGAGGCUCGGGGAAUCGGGGAGCGUUUGGUCGCGGGGGAGGCUCUCGGACACGCCCCCGCGAUCCGUUUAAUUCUAUCGACGCUCUGGUCACUGUGGCGCGGCAGACUUUUAUCUCUCGCUUUUCUUGUCUUCUCGCGGUAUCGUUUGCAAGCUCGAUUGCGCUGCGACAGGAGCUUGGGACUGCUAGUGCGCGCGGUGAUCUUUCGAUCGUUAAGCGAUGCUUGAUUUUCAGCGAUUACCGUUGCAUGACCAGCCGUGAACGCACGUACCUCGUAAGGUUUAUUGUAAUGGAGAUGCGAGGAGAUGCGAGUGCCGUGCAAAUUUAAGCUAUAGAGUCGCGAACCAUCAGCAGUUAACAGCAGUUAACAUCGGCAAGUGCUUCUUUUUCUUUUUCUUUU